UGAACUCAUCUUGGUGGAUAGAGGCUAAAGUAAUCCACGGAAGAUGAUGCUGUCUCUUUAACUGAUAUCUUCAAUACUAUAAACAAAUUUAAAGUGAUGUAGCACCUCUGACGUAUGAGCGCGCUCCACGUGUUUCCUGACUUACGUUACUAAAAAGAGGAAGCAGAUCUUUUUCAACUGAGGGGAAACUUCAAACUCUGUAAAAAAAAAUUCAAUAUUAUUCACCAGAAGACAAAACCCACAGAAGGAGAAGAGAUUUGGGAUUACUUCACCUCGUUUACCGUCAGUCACAGAUAAAAUGUCGUCUGGAAUCCAAGAAGAGCUGUCCUGCCCCGUUUGUCGAGACAUAUUCAGAGACCCUGUUGUUCUGUCGUGCAGCCACAGCUUUUGUAGAAACUGCCUGAAAAGAUGGUGGAGAAAGAAAGAAAUACGCCAGUGUCCUGUUUGUAAGAGUGCAUCUAAAAAGAAAAACCCACCCUGUAACUUGGUGUUAAAGAACCUGUGUGAGAACUUCUUGCUGGAGACAAAUCAGAGUGCUUCAGCAGAGUCCGAGUCGCUCUGCGGUCUGCACUCGGAGAAACUCAAACUCUUCUGUCUGGACCAUCAGGAGCCAGCGUGUCUCAUCUGCAGAGACUCAAAAACUCACAGCAACCACAGAUUCAGACCCAUCGAUGAGGCUGCGCAGGAUCACAGAAAGGAGCUCCAGAUCUCACUGAAACCCUUACAGGACAAACUGAAGGCCUUUGAACGAGUUAAAGGAAACUUUGUUCAAACAGCAGAACACAUUAAGGUUCAGGCCUUUCACGCAAAGAGGCAGAUCAAGGAGCAGUUUAAGAAGCUUCACCAGUUUCUGCAAGAGGAAGAGGAGGCCAGGAUCACUGCUCUGAGAGAGGAAGAGGAGGAGAAGAGUGCGAGUAUGAGUGAAAUGAUUGCAGCUCUGAGCAGAGAGAUAGCAAGUCUCUCAGAAACAAUCAGAGCCACAGAGGAGGAGCUGAGAGCACAAGACAUUGCUUUCCUGCAGAACUACAAGGCUGCAGUGAGCAGAGUCCAGCAGUGCCCCCAGCUGGAUGAUCCACAGCUGGUGUCAGGAGCUCUGAUAGAUGUGGCCAAACACCUGGGCAACCUGACCUACAACGUCUGGAACAAGAUGAAGAAAAUGGUCUCCUACUCUCCUGUGAUCCUGGAUCCAAACACAGCUGAAUCACACCUCUGCAUAUCUGAAGAUCUGACCAGUGUGAGCCUUGGAGAGAGGCAGCAGCUUCCUGACAAUCCAGAGAGGUUUGAUGGCUAUCCGAUCGUCCUGGGCUCAGAGUGUUUCGACUCAGGGACUCACAGCUGGGAUGUUGAAGUUGGAGACAGUCCAAACUGGCUAGUUGGUGUGGCUGAAGAAUCAACUAAAAGAAAGGGACAAACAGACUUUAAGUGUCGAUUGUGGGCUGUGUGGUUCAGUAAGGGUAGUUAUUUCAUACGUUCCCCACUAGAUUCGUCCUCCUUUCAUCCAAAGAAAAAGCUCCAGAGGAUCCGAGUUUGCCUGGACUGGAAAAGCGGGAAGCUGUCAUUCUCUGAUCCUGACAUCAACAUUCACACCUUCACACACACUUUCACUCAGAAACUUUUUCCAUUUGUUUACACCAAGAACGAACUGCCAUUGAAGAUAUUACCACGAGUGUCUCAUGACAGUGCAGACUCUGAUAGUGAAGGAGAUCACGAUCAAGGUGGUGAAACAGUUAAUGGCAUUCUUGAUGAUGACGAUGAUGUUAUUCAUGAUGUUGAUGAUGAUGAUGAUGAUGAUGAUGAUGAUGACUGACACUAUAGCCACAUACCAAUGUUUUCCCUUCAAGUGUAAAAAACCUCUAAAACCUAUAAAAUACUAGGUUGGUUGCAAACUGCAAAAACUGCGCAAAGCAGUUCAUUCCUGCUAAUUAAAGCUGAUAAACAACAAACUAAAAAGAAAUACUAGCUCAACAAAAUUGGACCAUAAAAUCCAUAAAACAAAUGAUAUUUUGUUCUGCACUGAAAAUGAUCUGAUAGCUAAUUCUAUAAAAAUGCUAAAAAGGCACUAAGAGCACAGAGUAGUUAGGUCCAGUUCAAUUAGUCAAGCACAGAGGGAUUGGCUGCAGCUGUCAGUGAAAGUGGCCACAGCGAUAAAGAAAGGUAAGUACAACAGAAUAAAAAAAGAACACAGGAUUACACAGCCCUAUUUUAUGGUGCAUACACAAACUUGUAUAACACCUUAGUGUCAUACAGAGACAGAUCACUUAGACACUAUAAGUACAAACAAAAGGUUGUAUUAUGAGGUUGUGACUGUCAAAAACACUGGCUGCAACACAUGAAGUAGACUAUUUUUUAUCAAACUAACAAUAUUUGCAGCUGUUUGUUAUCUUCUAAACGGUAAAUAUAUUUCAUUUUGAAUUCAUUUUUUCUCUGGUUACUCUGUUGCAUUUUAACUGAGUAUUGAGAAGAGCUUUUGUCUGGUAGCAGGUAAAUGAUUGAACUGAUUUGCAGUAAUUCUCAUCGACCACUAGGUGGAGACAAACACAAAGUGAACUUAAAGAGGUGAACACAGAUAAAUCAGUGGACCCUUUGACCCAAAGGAACACUGAACCCCUUUGAUGAAGCAGGUUUGACUCGGUGUAAACAAUUCAGUGUUGUACAUUUGGCCUCAGAGUUUUUGAAGAUGUAAAUGUUUCAAAUGUCAAAAAAGGAUCUUUUUUAGCUCUUAAGGUAAAACCCCCAAAUUCACCAUUUAGUUGAAAUGUGUAAAUAAAUCCAUACAGACUUUCAAAGUACAAAGUAAUCUUGUCUGAUAAUAUUACAUUUGGGGCUGCAAUAGAAAAUAAAACUGCCUUUUAUUCAAAAAACUGAAAGUAUGAAUCAUGUUCACAUGAUGAGUCCCUAAAAGACUAAAUAUGCAACAAAUCUCUUUUAUUAAAAAAUGACCUCACAGCUGAAUAAUUAAAACAUUUUUGUUGGUUUUUCUUCUUUUUUCUUGUUUUAAUACUCAUUUUGUUACUCUGAUUGUUACAGGUAUUUUGAGCCAUCCUACCUGAGAACAUUAAGAUCAGUGGAUUGAUUGUAUUACACUGAAUGUCUGUGUAACAGGGUCAUAAAUCACAUUGUUAUAAUUACACAAAAUGUGUUCUAAACCCCCAAACCGUUCCUUUUAUACCUGACUUUCAGGACCUCCAAGCCUGUAGUUAUGUUCAUUAUCAGUUAGAGCCCCCCCUCAUCCUUUUCUUCUUCUGGCCGCCCUCCUGCCACGGGGUGAAUGGACUCUGGUUUUCCCCCCAGGAGCACCCUCCAACCGACUGCCUGUCCUUCUCGCCUACACCAGCCUCGUUCACGUGUCUUUGGGGUGGGGGGGGGUCGGACCACCAGGUGGCUCCACUCACACCCAGGGUUAAGGGAAGUGAUGGGGUGGACGUUUGGCGCUUUUUGUAUACGGAGUUCUAGUGAAGC